CUGGUUCUGUUCUCCAGUAUCUUCAUAAAUCAGUGUAGAACACAGCUAGCAGAGCGCUAACGGACCAUGUGUGGGUCUCAGAGUAUUUCCUGCGGAGGUUUGGUUUGGUUCCUUUAGGGAACUGGACUGAGAAUCACUUCCUUCUUGAGAAAUCUGUUCUGCAGAAAGGAGAAGUUCCGGAGAUUCAGUGAAAUGAGAAACUUAAGAAAGGCUGCAUAGGGUGAGCCGAUGAAGAUGAUGAAAUAUUAAAGUGAUGAGUGGACGCUUUGAGACAGUUGGAUGGGCGGUUGAAGAGGAAGAGGAGAGGGAGAAGUUCAGCAGUAAACGGUUACCAGGUCAGUGAGGAGCAGCUUCAUCUCUGCAGGUGUUCAGACAGCUGGAGUAUCGACCUUAUAGCCCUGAAGAUCAGCCUGGAACGUCUCCAACAUGUUCAACGACUUCCAGGAGAAGGACCCGGACCGCUGCGCCCUCUGGAUCUCAGAGAGUCCUCCUGCCUCAGUUGCCGGUAUCUUCAGGAUCAAAUGGUGGUUGUUUCCUGCUGUAAUGGCUGCUGUGGUCUUUAUCCUCAUCCUGGUCCUGGGAGUCACCAACUCAAAGACCUCAACGCGCCUUUGGUCUGCAGAGGAGGAGGUUUCCAUCCUGUACGACAAGAUAGAGUCCUUAAACGCAUCUCUGCAGCAGGCUCAUGAGUCCAUUAAAGAAAUCCAUCAGCUGAAGUUCCGCAUUCAGGACAACAAGGACCAAAUCUCAUCAGUGUCAGCAGCCCUUCAGCAGCUGCCACUGCUCGACUCUCUAAGGAAGAAGGUGGAGGCUCUGGAAUGUUCUUUCAAACACAUCAUCCAGAACGCCUCCACAUCAGGACCAUGCUGUCCUUUGGAAUGGACUCUGUUUGGGUCGGACUGCUACUUCUUCAGCAAACAGCUUCUACCCUGGAACCAGUCCAAGACCUGGUGUGAGACCAAGAAUGCUCACUUAGCCAUCCUGAGCAGCGACAAGGAGUGGGAGUUUGUGACCAAGAACUCAAUUCCUUUGCUAUACUGGGUGGGUUUGACUGAUGGGAGGACUGGGAAGUGGGAGUGGGUGAACCACACCCCCUACACCAUCCAGCGCAGGCGAUGGGUACCUGGGCAGCCCGACGCCUGGACGGGCCACGGAAUGGGCCCCGAAGAUGAAGACUGCGCACAUCUUCAUCAAAAUGGACUCCUCAAUGACAUGCACUGCAGCUCAAGCCUCCGCUUCAUCUGCCAGAAACGCGGCUCGCACACCUAGACCACCAGGGAGAAGCUGCUGUGGACUGGAACCAGUUCCAAACUCUUAGAGUGACCAGUUGAUGUUAAUGAUGAUUUUUAUGCAAUGAGACGUUUUAUGGUGUGGUGGCAUUAAAGCAACAUCUAGAAAGUU